UUAUGAUAUGUAUUCUAAAGGCUAAAUAGUGACUGUGAGGUCUAAAAAGAUUUGUAAAUGCUGUCUUUGAGGGACUACCUUCGAUUAUAAUUUCUUAAUCCUGUAACUGUUAGACCAGGAAUUCAAGACUGUGAUGGUCAACCAAAGAUCUUAGAAAUAUCAACACGCAAACAAGGCUUUCUGGCAUUUCCUCCUUAUAGAUUGAGCCUAGCAAUGGAUAGUGGAGUGCCAAGCUUUGCCCCUUGCUGUAUAUCUCAGAGUGAGUCCUCCGAAAGAGUUGGGCUGCUAGAAUGUCUAUUAGGAAGCAACACCUACAAAGAGAGAAGAGAUUAUUGGGUAGAGGAAACUGAAGUGUAAGGCAGGCUCAACCGCAGCAGGGAGUCUUGAGUUGCAAGAGUUUUUUCUCCUUCAUAAAAGUAAGCUUCUUGUUGGAAGCAUAUCCUUGCCUUUGUGCGCAGGUCAUUAAAGACGUUGCUUGGCAAAUAUUUGUUGGAUGAAGGAAAUCUGAGAAAGAUCUUGUGGUGUCUCUCAUAACACCUUAUCCUUACCGUCCUUUCCCCAGUUAAAAGUGCAGUUUACAACAAUGAGGUUAACAGUGACACAGGUGGUUGUCUUGUAUCUCAGGAGCAAACACAAAGGUAACUAACUUGCCCUUCAUUAUCAGCAUGUGUUGCAUACCACUCACUGUGCUCCUGGGCGCCACAGAUAAGGAAGACCUGCAAAGGGACCUGAGGAAAACCACACACAUAAGAACAUGAGACCAUAUCCAUAAAGAGGAAACAAACAAAAAAACCAACACAGAACUAGAGGGUAUUAUUGCUAAGUGAAAUAAGUCAGACAAAGAAAAAAUAUCACAUGAUUUCACUUAUAUGUAGAAUCUGAAAAACAAAACCGAGGAUGAUCUAUAAAACAGAAACAGAGAAAAAAUAGGUGCUUGUGGGAGGGGAGGAGGUAGGAAAAUGGGUGAGAUAAGUGAAGGAGAGGUGCAAACUUGAAGUUAGAAAAUAAGUAAGUUUUGAGAAUGUAAUGUACAGCAUAGGAAAUAUAGUCAAUAUUGUAACAGCUUUGUAUGGUCACAGGUGGUGACUAGACUUGUGGUGAUCAUUUUAUAAUUACAAAAAUAUUGAACCACUAUGUUGUACACUUAAAACUAAUAUAAUAUUGUAAGUUAGGAGUUCCCUGAUGGUUCAGUGGGUUAAGAAUCUGACAUUGUCACUGCUGUGGUGUGGGUUCAAUCCCUGGCCCUGGGCUUUUUGUAUGCUUCAGGUGCAGCCAAAAAAAUAGUCAAUUGUACAUGAGUUAACAAGAUGAAUGUAUGAGUUAAGAUGGAGAAAACAAAAAGCAAAAAUCCCUGGAAGAUACAGUGAUAACUUCAGGGCUGUAUAUAGCAGAUAUGGAUUAUGGUGCUAACUAGUUUGUUUUUUCUAUGUGUAGGAAGUAGGUUCAUCAGUUACGAAUUUUAUCCUUUUCUGCUUCAGGGUUAAGAGAGAAUCUACUUUUGAAAUGGAUAUUUUUUUAAGGUUGGUUGGUUUGUUCGUUUGUUUGUUUUCCUAGUUGGUUCUGUUCAGCUUUAGGCAAAAAAUUUAAGUCUUUUACUUCCUUGUUUUUCCCCCCUUUUACUGUAGGAUUCCAUGAGAUAGGAUUUGCAUUAAUAAAUCCUCUAAAUUUUCUCUGAACCCUAAUACUGUAUUAAUGCUUUACAUGUAGAGGACCUUCACUUAUCAUCUUUUAAAUGAAUGAAAUAAAGAAUAAUUGACUUUAUCAUUCAUGUGGCAGAAGAGUAAGAUUAAAAACUCAGCAAUUCAGACCAGAAAUUUACUUGUCUUUACAAUAAUUUUCCCUAGUAUCUGUGUAGACAGUUUUAUACAUCAUCUUUUAAAAUAUGUAAAUUGUUUUCUUCAUGUUGCGUGUUGGAAGAAUGAGAUUGUAUUUGUGUUUCACUAAGUGAAUUAGAUUUUUAUUAUUAACAUGUAGAUCCUUCAGAAUUAUCACUUUGAUUACUUAGGCAAGUUUACACCUUAUCUGUUCCUUUUUUUUCCCCCCAUUUCUUUCUUGGUCACUUAGUACCCCUGCCAGAGGGCAGGCAAAGGAAGGGAGAGAAGAAGAUAUUAAUUUAAACUCACAAAGUCUUAUGUAGGCAUUUUUCACUAGCAUAUUUUGUCAUGCUUCUGGAUCACAGUAUGGCAGUAGGAUCAGCUGCUUUUGCUAUUUUAAGAUUUUAGUAGAAUGCUCAGUUAUUUGGAAAUAAAUUAUGUAUGGCCGAUGACUGGGUUUAUUGAAUUAAAUAUUUAUACUUUAAACUCUUCAGCUUUAUAUUCCUAGAUUCAUGUAUUUUAAAUUAUCUUUUUUUUUUUUUUGUAAUUCAUGCUAAGGUUUCCUUUGCUCCUGUUGAUACUUAUAAUUGAUUAUAAUGAAGAGGUUUUUUUUUUUUUUUUUUUCCUUUUGGUCUGUGUUUGUACACUGGGAUAUUCAUAAGACAGUAUAGUUUUAAAUUAUUCCUUUUCACAUGCUUUAAAACUUCAUGUUCCUGCAGUCUGUUAGUGAAUUUUCAGAAUGAUAAGAAUUAUCUUUUGAAUAGAAGUUACUGUUUGACAUGUUAAGAAUAUUUAAAAGUAAGACACACCUCAGACCAAAGUAAAUUUAUCUUACCAUUAUCACAGUGUAGGUUUUCAAAGUCUAAAUGUUAAACUAGGUGGAUUCUGAGCAUUUUAUAGUCUUCAUAUUGCAGUUAACACCCACUGUACACAUACGCGAAUGUAUAUACAUGAAGGGCACUUGCAUAGCCUAUAGCUGUUUGGUUUGUUAUCAGCGCGAACAGUAAAUGUCCUAAAAAUCAGCUUCGAAACAGCUGGCAGUCAACCCGGGGGUGUUAGCACCACCUAAAUUCACAUGACGUUUCUCUGCUCUUUGACACAAAGAGUGCACCUUACUUGCUCACCAAGGAAGUUGGCACAAGCACCUCUCUGUGUGCUCGUGGGUCCAGUAACAUAGAAGAAGCCUAAAAUGGAUUUUUUGAAGAGAGUUGUUCCUCCCAUUCUUUCGGGAGAUGGGGUUUUGGCCACUCAAGAGAGUUUUCCAGAAAGUUCUUUAAGAUUACUGAAGUUGAAACGUCUUAGUUUGCUUUCAUCAGAGAAGACGAUAGAUGAGGAAGAUGGAAUUAAUUUCUGCCCUAGUCGUUAUGAUAAACACCAACAUCAACAACUAGCUUCAGCACCCGUCAGCAAAGUGAAUAAGUGCUGCACUUCUUCCAACUUUCAUUCCACUUUGGGGAAAAAGAAUAUCAUCAUGUCAAGCAUUACAAUUGACCCAGAUGUCAAGCCUGGUGAAUAUGUCAUCAAGAGCCUCUUUGCAGAAUUUGCUGUUCAAGCUGAAAAGAAAAUUGAAGUUGUAAUGGCUGAACCCUUGGAGAAGCCAUUGUCUAGAUCUCUUCAGAGGGGUGAAGAUCUUCAGUUUGACCAGUUGAUCAGCUCUAUGAGCUCAGUAGCCGAGCACUGUCUCCCUUCCUUACUUCGCACCUUGUUCGACUGGUACAGACGCCAGAAUGGAACUGAAGAUGAAUCUUAUGAAUAUAGGCCUCGGUCGAGCACAAAAUCUAAAGGGGAUGAACAACAACGUGAAAGAGAUUAUCUUCUUGAAAGGAGAGACUUAGCAGUAGAUUUCAUAUUUUGUUUAGUUUUAGUUGAAGUUCUGAAGCAGAUUCCUGUUCAUCCUGUGCCCGAUCCCUUAGUUCAUGAAGUUCUAAACUUAGCUUUUAAGCACUUUAAACACAAGGAAGGAUAUUCAGGAACCAACACUGGGAAUGUGCAUAUUAUUGCAGAUUUAUAUGCAGAAGUGAUAGGCGUUCUUGCCCAAUCAAAGUUUCAGGCUGUGAGGAAGAAGUUUGUGACAGAAUUAAAGGAACUGCGACAAAAGGAACAAAGUCCACAUGUGGUUCAAAGUGUCAUCAGCUUAAUCAUGGGAAUGAAGUUUUUCCGAGUGAAAAUGUAUCCUGUAGAAGAUUUUGAAGCAUCAUUUCAGUUCAUGCAGGAAUGUGCUCAGUAUUUCUUGGAAGUAAAAGAUAAAGAUAUAAAACACGCCCUUGCUGGUUUAUUUGUGGAGAUUCUUAUCCCUGUAGCUGCUGCUGUUAAAAAUGAAGUGAAUGUGCCCUGCUUGAAAAAUUUUGUGGAGAUGCUUUAUCAGACUACUUUUGAACUGAGUUCCAGAAAGAAGCAUUCAUUGGCUCUCUAUCCAUUAAUUACCUGCCUUUUAUGUGUCAGUCAGAAACAGUUUUUUUUAAAUAACUGGCAUAUUUUCCUACAGAACUGUUUGUCGCAUUUAAAGAUGCCAUCUAACAACAGUAUCAGAAAACAAAUAGAAACACUCCAGAAUAAAGAUCCUAAAAUGUCUCGAGUUGCACUGGAAUCUUUGUACAGAUUGUUGUGGGUCUAUGUAAUUAGAAUAAAAUGUGAAAGCAACACUGUAACUCAAAGUCGUCUUAUGAGCAUAGUGUCGGCACUUUUUCCAAAAGGUUCACGUAGUGUGGUUCCUCGUGAUACACCUCUCAAUAUAUUUGUGAAGAUUAUUCAGUUCAUUGCUCAGGAACGUUUGGAUUUUGCAAUGAAAGAAAUAAUAUUUGAUCUUCUUAGUGUUGGAAAAUCUGCUAAAACUUUCACCAUCAAUCCAGAGAGAAUGAACAUAGGCCUCAGAGUCUUCCUUGUAAUAGCGGACAGUUUGCAGCAGAAAGACGGUGAGCCGCCAAUGCCAACAACAGGCGUUAGUCUUCCCUCAGGAAACACUCUGCGUGUAAAGAAAAUUUUUCUCAAUAAAACCUUGACAGAUGAAGAAGCAAAAGUCAUAGGAAUGUCCGUUUACUAUCCUCAAGUGAGAAAAGCAUUAGAUAGCAUCCUCAGACAUUUGGACAAAGAAGUUGGGAGACCCAUGUGUAUGACUAGUGUGCAGAUGUCCAAUAAGGAACCUGAAGAUAUGAUUACGGGGGAAAGAAAACCCAAAAUUGAUUUGUUUAGAACUUGUAUUGCUGCUAUUCCAAGGCUGAUUCCUGAUGGUAUGAGCAGAACUGACCUCAUUGAAUUGUUAGCAAGGCUCACAAUUCAUAUGGAUGAAGAACUGCGUGCUCUGGCUUUCAAUACUCUGCAGGCACUAAUGCUUGAUUUUCCAGAUUGGCGGGAAGAUGUUCUUUCAGGAUUUGUUUAUUUUAUUGUUCGUGAAGUGACGGAUGUCCAUCCCACGCUUCUUGAUAAUGCUGUAAAGAUGUUGGUACAGUUAAUAAAUCAAUGGAAACAAGCAACCCAAAUGCAUAACAAAACCCAGGACUCACAGCAUGGUGUGGUUAAUGGAGCGUCUCAUCCCCCUCCUCUGGAAAGGAGCCCGUACUCCAGUGUGUUCCAUGUGGUCGAAGGGUUUGCACUUGUCACUCUCUGUAGCAGUCGACCUGCCACCAGGAGGUUAGCCGUCAGCGUCCUUCGAGAAAUACGGGCUUUAUUUGCACUUUUGGAAAUACCUAAGGGUGAUGAUGAAUUAGCCAUAGAUGUGAUGGACAGGCUGAGCCCAUCCAUUCUUGAGAGCUUCAUCCAUCUCACUGGGGCCGAUCAGACUACUUUGUUAUAUUGCCCUAGCUCAAUAGAUUUACUGACAUUAGCAGAAUGGAACUCCUCUCCUAUUAGCCACCAGUUUGAUGUGAUUAGUCCAUCACACAUAUGGAUAUUUGCACAUGUGACCCAAGGCCAAGACCCAUGGAUUAUAAGUCUCUCCAGUUUUUUAAAGCAAGAAAAUCUUCCAAAACACUGCCCUACAGCUGUGAGCUAUGCUUGGAUGUUCGCCUAUACAAGACUUCAGUUAUUAUCCCCACAAGUUGAUAUAAAUAGCCCCAUCAAUGCUAAGAAAGUAAAUACUACCACAAGCAGUGACUCAUACAUUGGCCUGUGGAGAAACUACCUGCUUCUUUGCUGCAGUGCAGCCACAUCCUCAUCAUCUUCAGCAUCUGCAGGUUCUGUGAGGUGUUCUCCUCCCGAGACGCUGGCGUCCACCCCCGAUAGCGGCUACAGCAUUGAUUCGAAAAUUAUUGGCGUCCCAUCCCCUUCAUCCUUGUUUAAGCACAUAGUUCCAAUGAUGCGCUCUGAGAGCAUGGAAAUCACAGAAUCCCUUGUUCUAGGUCUUGGCAGGACCAACCCAGGAGCGUUUAGGGAACUAAUAGAAGAAUUACAUCCCAUAAUUAAAGAAGCACUUGAACGAAGGCCAGAGAACAUGAAACGGCGCAGGCGUCGAGAUAUUUUACGAGUACAGCUGGUACGAAUAUUUGAACUGCUGGCAGAUGCUGGUGUCAUCAGUCACAGUGCAAGUGGUGGCCUUGAUAGUGAAACACACUUCCUCAACAACACUUUAUUGGAAUAUGUAGAUUUAACUAGACAACUCCUGGAAGCAGAAAAUGAAAAAGACUCUGACACCCUGAAGGAUAUACGAUGCCAUUUUAGUGCCUUAGUGGCGAAUAUCAUUCAGAAUGUUCCAGUGCACCAGAGAAGAAGUAUUUUUCCUCAACAAAGCCUUCGUCACAGUCUGUUUAUGCUGUUCAGUCACUGGGCUGGUCCUUUUAGCAUCAUGUUUACGCCUUUGGACAGAUACAGUGAUAGAAAUAUGCAAAUUAACAGACAUCAGUACUGUGCUCUAAAGGCUAUGUCUGCUGUACUAUGUUGUGGCCCUGUUGCAGAUAAUGUAGGACUUUCAUCAGAUGGCUAUUUGUACAAAUGGCUGGAUAACAUUUUGGACUCUCUGGACAAAAAGGUUCAUCAGUUGGGCUGUGAAGCAGUCACGUUACUGCUGGAGCUGAACCCGGAUCAGAGCAACCUGAUGUACUGGGCCGUGGAUCGCUGUUACACCGGUUCCAAGAGAGUGGCAGCUGGCUGCUUUAAAGCCAUAGCUAAUGUAUUCCAGAACAGGGAUUAUCAGUGUGACACAGUGAUGCUUCUCAAUCUGAUACUGUUUAAAGCCGCUGAUUCUUCUCGAAGUAUCUAUGAAGUUGCUAUGCAGCUUUUACAGAUCCUGGAACCGAAGAUGUUUCGCUACGCUCACAAACUGGAGGUUCAGAGAACAGACGGAGCACUCAGCCAGCUGUCUCCUCUGCCGCAUCUGUAUUCCGUCUCAUAUUAUCAGUUGUCGGAGGAAUUGGCAAGGGCAUAUCCUGAGCUAACUCUCGCCAUAUUCUCAGAGAUAAGCCAGAGAAUUCAGACAGCACAUCCUGCUGGGAGGCAAGUUAUGCUGCACUAUCUGUUACCGUGGAUGAACAACAUCGAGUUGGUGGACUUAAAACCUUUGCCCACAGCAAGGCGACAUGAGGAAGAUGAAGAUGAUUCCUUAAAAGACCGAGAACUUAUGGUGACUAGCAGGCGCUGGUUACGAGGAGAAGGCUGGGGAUCCCCGCAAGCCACGGCCAUGGUGUUGAAUAAUCUGAUGUACAUGACAGCAAAGUAUGGUGAUGAGCUGGCAUGGUCAGAGGUGGAGAAUGUGUGGACCACACUUGCAGACGGCUGGCCGAAAAACCUGAAAAUAAUUCUGCACUUUCUGAUCAGCAUUUGCGGAGUGAAUAGUGAACCAAGCCUUUUGCCUUACGUGAAGAAAGUUAUUGUCUAUUUAGGUAGAGACAAAACAAUGCAGUUGCUGGAAGAACUGGUGAGUGAACUUCAGCUGACGGACCCUGUCAGUUCGGGCGUCACCCACAUGGAUAAUCCCCCCUACUACCGCAUCACUUCCAGUUACAAAAUCCCUUCCGUCACCUCAGGAACUACUUCUAGUAGCAAUACAAUGGUGGCUCCCAUGGAUGGCAAUUCCGAUAAUAAGCCCAUAAAAGAGAAUAUUGAAGAGAGCUAUGUGCAUCUAGACAUCUACAGUGGACUAAACAGUCAUUUAAAUCGUCAACAUCACAGACUAGAAUCUCGAUACAGUAGCAGCUCUGGAGGAUCUUAUGAAGAAGAAAAAAGUGAUUCAAUGCCACUUUAUUCUAAUUGGCGCCUGAAAGUGAUGGAGCAUAAUCAAGGAGAGCCACUACCCUUCCCACCAGCUGGAGGCUGCUGGUCACCACUGGUGGAUUACUUGCCCGAAACGUCAUCACCUGGAUUACCUCUUCACAGGUGUAACAUAGCCAUGAUCCUUUUGACGGAUCUGAUCAUUGAUCAUAGUGUGAAGGUGGAAUGGGGAAGCUACCUCCAUCUUCUGCUUCAUGCCAUUUUUAUAGGGUUUGACCACUGCCACCCUGAGGUGUAUGAACAUUGCAAACGCCUGCUUCUGCACUUACUCAUAGUGAUGGGAUCCAACAGUAACAUCCGAACUGUUGCUUCUGUCCUUCUCAGGAACAAGGAGUUUAAUGAGCCCAGGGUGCUUACAGUCAAACAAAUUGCACACUUAGAUUAUACUUUCACAGCAGGUGUUAGUGAUUUUAUACCUGAUUACCAGCCCUCCCCCAUGACCGACUCAGGGCUCAGCUCAAGUUCUACCUCCUCUAGUAUCAGCUUAGGAAAUAACAGCGCUGCCAUUUCGCAUCUGCACACCACCAUCCUCAACGAGGUCGACCUCUCAGUAGAGCAGGAUGGAAAAGUCAAAACCCUCAUGGAAUUCAUUACCUCAAGAAAAAGAGGGCCUCUUUGGAACCAUGAGGAUGUUUCUGCCAAGAAUCCUAGCAUAAAGAGUGCUGAGCAGUUAACUACAUUUUUGAAACAUGUGGUUUCUGUUUUUAAGCAGUCAAGCUCAGAAGGAAUUCAUUUGGAACGUCAUCUUAGCGAGGUUGCCCUGCAGACGGCACUUUCUUGUUCCUCUCGACACUAUGCUGGGAGAUCCUUUCAGAUUUUCAGGGCCCUAAAGCAGCCUCUUUCUGCAACUACACUUUCUGAUGUUCUCUCCAGGCUUGUAGAAACUGUAGGGGACCCAGGAGAAGAUGCACAGGGAUUUGUGAUUGAGCUGCUUCUCACGUUGGAAUCUGCAAUAGAUACUUUGGCUGAAACCAUGAAGCAUUAUGAUCUUCUUUCUGCCCUUUCUCAAACCUCAUACCAUGAUCCUCUAAUGGGAAACAAGUAUGCAGCUAACAGGAAAAGCACUGGACAACUCAAUCUAAGCACAAGUCCAAUUACUAGUAGCGGUUAUUUGGGAUAUAACAGUAAUACAAGGAGUAACUCUUUGAGGUUAAGUUUAAUUGGUGACCGAAGAGGUGACCGGCGGCGGAGCAACACACUGGAUAUAAUGGAUGGACGGAUAAACCACAGUAGUAGUUUAGCGAGGACUCGAAGCCUUUCCUCUCUGCGAGAGAAAGCAAUGUAUGAUGUGCAGUCCACUACUGAGCCUGCCAGCUUGAUGGCCACCAUUUUUUGGAUAGCAGCAUCUUUAUUAGAAUCAGAUUAUGAAUACGAAUACCUCCUGGCUCUCAGGCUUCUCAACAAACUGCUGAUCCACUUGCCUUUGGAUAAAUCGGAGAGUCGAGAGAAGAUUGAAAACGUGCAAAGCAAAUUGAAGUGGAACAAUUUCCCAGGCCUUCAACAGCUUUUCCUUAAAGGUUUUACCUCAGUAUCUACGCAAGAAAUGACAGUGCAUCUCCUGAGUAAACUCAUCGCCGUCUCCAAACACACAUUGGUGGAUCCUUCCCAGUUGUCAGGCUUUCCUCUUAACAUCCUUUGCUUAUUGCCUCACUUAAUCCAGCAUUUUGACAGCCCAACUCAGUUUUGCAAAGAAACAGCUAGUCGAAUAGCAAAGGUUUGUGCAGAAGAAAAAUGCCCAACACUCGUCAACCUGGCUCACAUGAUGAGCUUGUAUAGUACACACACGUACUCCAGAGACUGUGCUAACUGGAUCAAUGUAGUGUGUAGAUACCUGCAUGACUCCUUCUCAGAUGCUACAUUUAGUCUUGUGACUUACCUUGCAGAGCUGUUAGAAAAAGGCUUGUCCGGUAUGCAACAAUCAUUACUACAGAUCAUCUAUAGUCUUCUGAGUCACAUCGACCUCUCCGCUGCCCCAGUCAAGCAGUUUAACCUGGAGAUCAUCAAGAUCAUUGGCAAAUAUGUACAGAGUCCUUAUUGGAAGGAAGCCCUUAACAUCUUAAAACUGGUGGUGUCUCGCUCGGCAAGCCUUGUUGUGCCCAAUGAUAUCCCCAAGACCUAUGGAGGAGAUAUAGGUUCUCCUGAAAUAUCCUUCACGAAAAUUUUUAAUAAUGUCUCUAAGGAGCUGCCUGGGAAGACCUUAGAUUUUCAUUUUGAUAUAUCAGAGACACCAAUCAUUGGGAAUAAAUACGGCGAUCAGCAUAGCGCGGCCGGAAGAAAUGGGAAGCCGAAGGUGAUCGCCGUGACCAGGAGCACUUCUUCCACUUCUUCGGGUUCUAACUCCAAUGCCUUGGUGCCUGUGAGCUGGAAGAGGCCACAGUUGUCACAGCGAAGAACAAGGGAAAAGCUAAUGAAUGUGCUUUCUCUCUGUGGUCCAGAAUCUGGCCUCCCGAAGAAUCCAUCAGUUGUAUUUUCUUCUAACGAGGAUUUGGAAGUCGGUGACCAGCAGACUAGCCUCAUUUCUGCAACAGAGGACAUAAUUCAUGAGGAAGAAGUCGCUGUGGAAGAUAACAGCAGUGAACAACAGUUUGGCGUUUUCAAGGAUUUUGACUUUUUAGAUGUUGAGUUGGAAGAUGCAGAGGGUGAAAGUAUGGACAAUUUCAACUGGGGAGUCCGCAGGCGCUCACUGGACAGUAUUGACAAAGGGGACACCCCAUCGCUCCAGGAGUACCAGUGUUCCAGCAGCACCCCUAGCCUGAACCUAACAAACCAGGAGGACACGGAUGAGUCCUCAGAAGAAGAAGCGGCACUCACAGCAAGCCAGAUACUCUCACGCACGCAGAUGUUAAACAAUGAUUCUGCUGCAGAUGACACCCUGCCAGAGCACCCUGAUUUACUUCUUCAGGCUCAAGAGUCCACUGGCAGCAUCUCCACAGAAGAAGUGCUGCAAAUCAGAGAUGAAACCCCAAGUUUGGAAGCUUCUCUAGAUAAUGCUAACAGCCAGCUGCCUGAGGAUACAAGCUCAGUAUUAAAGGAGGAACAGGUUCUUACAGCCUUCGAAGAGGAGGGAUCGUAUAUUAUUCAAGAACAGCAGGAUUCUCUCGUGUGUCAAGGGAUUCUUGAUUUAGAGGAAACUGACACGCCGGAGCCUCCAGCUCCCGAGAGCUACCCCGGGUCAGUCUGCGAAGAAGACGUCACCUUAGCUUUGAAAGAACUUGACGAACGAUGUGAAGAGGAGGAAGCGGAUUUCUCCGGCCUGUCCAGUCAAGAUGAAGAAGAGCAAGACGGUUUCCCAGAAGUACAGACAUCACCUCUGCCGUCACCGUUUCUUUCUGCCAUCAUCGCCGCUUUUCAGCCAGUUGCAUACGAUGACGAAGAAGAAGCCUGGCGCUGCCACGUCAAUCAGAUGCUGUCUGACACCGAUGGGUCCUGUGCAGUGUUUACUUUUCACGUGUUUUCUCGGCUCUUUCAGUCAAUUCAGAGAAAGUUUGGGGACCUAACUAACGAGGCAGUCAGCUUUCUCGGUGAGAGUCUGCAACGCAUUGGUACCAAAUUUAAAAGUUCCUUGGAAGUGAUGAUGAUGUGUUCCGAGUGCCCAACGGUCUUUGUAGAUGCUGAAACACUGAUGUCCUGUGAUUUGCUGGAAACACUCAAGUUCAGUGUUUUGGAGUUGCAAGAACACCUGGAUACCUACAAUGCCAAAAGAGAAGCAGCUGAGCAGUGGUUAGACAAUUGUAAGAGGACCUUUGGUGCCAAAGAAGACAUGUAUAGGAUAAACACAGAUGCACAACAAAUGGAAAUUCUAGCAGAACUGGAGCUCUGCCGAAGGUUAUACAAAUUGCAUUUUCAAUUGCUGCUUCUGUUUCAAGCCUACUGUAAACUUAUCAACCAAGUAAACACAAUAAAAAACGAAGCAGAGGUCUUCAACAUGUCAGAGGAACUUGCCCAACUGGAAAGUAUCCUCAAGGAAGCCGAGUCUGCCUCCGAAAAUGAAGAAAUUGACAUUUCCAAAGCUGCACAAACUACUAUAGAAACUGCCAUUCAUUCUUUAAUUGAAACUUUGAAAAAUAAGGAAUUUGUAUCAGCUGUGGCACAAGUCAAAGCUUUCAGAUCUCUCUGGCCCAAUGACAUCUUUGGCAGUUGUGAAGAUGACCCUGUCCAGACACUGUUACACAUCUAUUUUCAUCACCAGACGCUGGGCCAGACAGGCAGCUUUGCGGUCAUAGGCUCUGACCUGGACAUGUCAGAAGCCAACUACAAAUUGAUGGAACUCAAUCUAGAAAUCAGAGAGUCUCUCCGCAUGGUGCAAUCAUACCAACUCCUAGCACAGGGCAAACCAAUCGGAAGUUUGGUGAGCACUGGAUUCUGAGAAAUUUCAGGAAUUUAGGGAAGACUAAACCGAAAAUGAUUAAGAAUAUUAAGAAGCACCUUUUAUGGACCCUUGCAACUCACUGAUGACUUUUUCUGGCAGCAUCCACAACCACCGUGUAAACUAAUGUCAAACUUUAGGAAGAUAAAAAAGUAAGAACAUCAAAAAUCAGAGCUCUGAAGGGGGGAAAAAAACUAAUUGUUUAACAGCUGCCAAUACCUCCCACAAUAACUGUAUGAGGAAAGAAUUUUUUUAAUUAACUACGUGAAAAGAAAAGGGCUAAAAGUGAUGCAUAUAAAUACGUUACUUUCUGGAAAAAGAAAAGAAGUCUAAGAAUGUCUGCAAUAAUGGCCUCUAAUAUGGAGACUUUGGAAAGCAGGUGAAAUGAGGCUGAAAUCGAGGCUGGUUCAUUUUGGCUGAAGACCUGCAAAAGCUGCUUGGGUUUCCAGCAGUCACGAGCAUAAACUACAGUGGAUGCUUCAUCAUCUAGAUGAAGAACAUCCAGUCGGAUAGACAGACACAGACAGACUUAUGUGCAAAAACCAUUGAUUUUUUUUUUUUCCACAUGUGGGAUAAGGGUGUGGGUGUUUUGGGGUUUUUUUUUUUUUUUUUUUUUUUUUUUGGUCUGUAUAAGGAAUUGUGUGUAUGAGCUGAGAUGCGUGGAUAUGUGAUAGUCCUAUUUUCAAGGUGUGGAUGUUUGGUGAUAACGUCUCAGAGCAUGCCUAAAAGAGCACUGCAAGAUUAUUUUUGAAAAAAUUUUAUUUUAUUAGAUCUAACUCUUCAUAGUGUGUAAAUGUUAGGACAUUUUAAUAAUAUUUUAAAACUGGGCUUUCCCAGCCUUUCGAAAAGAAAUAAUAUAUCUGUUAACGUUAUUGGAAUGCUGCUCAGUUCUCUGAUCAGUGCUUAUGUUACGAUUGUUGAUAACUAACCAAAGUAGAUGCCUGCAGAGACUUUAAAAAUGUAAAAUAAAGAUGUAUGCUGCCUGUCAGCUCUUCUCAUUAGAAAAGUUAACUUAUUUUACUCCAUAAUUAUUAUAGAAACUGUAUAGAUUAAAACCAGUAUUUUCUUGUACAUUUGUGCAAUGCACUGUUAUACAAGAAGAGGUGGACAAAGCUAAAGAAACAACUGUGGUCACUGAUGGUAGAACAUAUGACUGGCAGGCCCUGGAGUCUGCAGAAUUCAAGGAGAGAGAUGCAAAGGCAUUUUUAUAUGUUUAUCCAGGACUGACAUGUUUCACCCUAAAGGAACCUGGGGCUGUGGGGGAAAGACGAAAAAGGAAGCCUGAAGACUGACUACCAAAACAUGCAAUAUACUUAUUCACUGUCCAAGCCUGUAGCAUAAACAUGAACUGGAUCCUCUGUCCUUUUUUUAAAAUAGCAUUUUGUAAAAGAAAUGAAUGUAGUCCCACAAUUCCUCGGAUUUGAAAGGAACACCUUGUAUUUUUUAUAUGCAUCUCUUAUCCACUGUGACUCUUCUCUGAAACUGGGCUCUGGGGUUCCAGAGUUUAGAAUGUAGACAUGAAAUGCUUAGCUUUGCCUUCCCUUGGGGGUGCGGACCCUGCCAGAAAUGUAAUUAUGCUCAAGUGCAUUACAUGAGGGCACUGUGCACGCCGUCGGACUGCUGACUAGAGCUACGUUACCUGUAAGACUCUGUAACUGGUCACAGCACAUUCAUAAUCACUGUAUUUUUUGACCCUGAUAAAAAGAAAAAACAAAAACAAUUAUUUUGCUGGUGUUCUGGUACUGUAAAGGGUGUCCUUUAAAUUAUUGAAUAACUUCUGGGUGUGGGGCAGGAAGAGAGGGGUGGUGUCCGGAGACACGCCACCCUUUCCAUCCUAUCUUACCACCCCUUCUUUUUCUCACCCUCCUUAUAUCCUUUUUGUUAAAAUAAAAAGCAUUGUAGCUGUU